AUGAAGCAUCUGGGGAAUUUGGCGUUGGAACAAUCGCGUCAUGUACGAUCUAAGGAAACCGAUGGAGAAAUUUCUAUCAAUCUAUCUCAGCCUGUUCAUAUCUAUCUAUCUAUCUAUCUAUCUAUCUAUCUAUCUAUCUAUCUCAGCCUGUUCAUAUCUAUCUCAGCCUGUUCAUAUCUAUCUCGGCUUGUUCAUAUCUAUCUAUCUAUCUCAGCCUGUUCAUAUCUAUCUAUCUAUCUAUCUAUCUAUCUAUCUAUGAACGAGCAGCAGGGCUGGGAACGAGCAGCAGGGCUGGGGACGUCAUUCUACCUAUCUAUCUAUCUAUCUAUCUAUCUAUCUAUCUAUCUAUCUCAGCCUGUUCAUAUCUAUCUAUCUAUCUAUCUAUCUAUCUAUCUAUCUAUCUCAGCCUGUUCAUAUCUAUCUCGGCCUGUUCAUAUCUAUCUAUCUCGGCUUGUUCAUAUAUAUAUACAUCGUGUCAAACAUCCCCUUUAA